AGUGUCCUGAUCACCGUUACCAAUUUCGUUUUGAUAAAUUUCAUUGCGAUCAUUUGUCUUUUCUUACACGGGUUAUUACAAAGAAUAAACUCUAAAUUUAAUAGAAUUUGUUUAUAACACGAAGCUCCAGCUGUUGUCGUUGAUUCUGAUAUCGCUUCUUUAACUGUUGAACAAGGCUCAGCUGAAAUAGAUGGGAGAAUCUAUUGUGGACAGGCUGCUGCCUCAUCCUGCCGUUCUGCUGGAAACUACACUGAUUUACUUUCUGGUCUCUAAAAUCUUGCCAUGGGUUAAAGAUGAUUUGACGUGUGUAGGCUACGGAGCUAUUUUCUGGGGUCUGCUAGCAGUUCUCUACAUUGUUGGGUUGCUGUGUAACGCCAGGCUGUCGGGCAGCUGGGUUCUUGCACUUAUUGGGUCAAUUCUUACACCGGCGCUCUGCAUUGCUGUCAAUCCUUUACCAUUGGCUUGCACUGGGCUAUUCGGAGAGGUGGCAGAGGUUCAGAAGGAUAUGGACUUCUUCUUGGAAGGACAGGCAGUAAUCACAGCUAUAGCAGCUAUCUUGUUUGGUAUCGUUUCCAUCAGGGCUGUAGCUGUGGGCAGGGCAUACGAAGAGUAUCAUCAACAAGAGGAUUUGUAGAUACUGGGAUACACGCCCUAAGGACGGGAUACUGGGAUACACGCCCUAAGGACGGGAUACUGGGAUACUCGCCCUAAGGACGGGAUACUGGGAUACACGCCCUAAGGACGGGAUACUGGGACACACGCCCUAAGGACGGGAUACUGGGAUACACGCCCUAAGGACGGGAUACUCGGACACACGCCCUAAGGACGGGAUACUGGAGUACACGCCCUAGGGACGGUAGAAGGACGAGUUUUCUUCUGAAUUCUGAUGAUAGUAAUAGUAUUGAAAUGGGACAUUUUAAAUGAAGGUCACGCGUCAACAAAUAUAAUCGGGAGAAUAUAUAAAUUGGGUCCUUUUUAUUCAUUAUUGUCGAUUCUAAUUCUAUGAUGUAAAGUUCAGGCUAAUUUUAUUUUAUUCAUUCUUUAUCAGUUAUCUCAGAAUCUUUUUUAUUCUCAUCUCAGAAUUUGAUGUUUGUUUUCAGACAUUAUGCACGAUUAUUGAUUCAGUCGAGUAUUUUAGUUGAGUUUUGUUAGAGCUUUUUAUUAUACUAUUCUAGCCUUAUUAUUAGUGUAUGUACUUAUUAUAUACCAAACAAGUCA